AUGUCCUCGCUAGCUGCUAUGAAAAAGACCAAAAGUAUUGCCUCUGUGGUCGCCGCGAAGAAACGACGGAGAAAGCCCGCGGCAGGUGCGUCCAAUGCUUCAGGGAAGACAUCGAGUAGCUCAACGACGGCGUUGAAGAAAGUGGAAAGCAAGUCUCGCGUCCCCCCAGAGGAGCUCAACUCAUCGGAUGAGUCAGAAUUUAGCGAGGAGGAGGAAGAUGCUGAAGAUUAUUGCAAAGGCGGUUAUCAUCCAGUGAAUAUAGGGGAUGUGUUCAACGAAGGGCGGUAUACGGUACUUCGCAAGCUAGGCUGGGGACAUUUCUCAACAGUUUGGCUGGCGCGAGAUCACAAAUUUAACCGACCGGUAGCACUGAAGAUUGUGAAAUCGGCUCCUCACUAUACUGAGACGGCGUUGGAUGAGAUAAAGCUGCUGGACAAAGUUGUGUCAGCGAAUCGCGAUAAUCCUGAGCGAAGAUGUGUGGUGGAACUUUAUGAUUGGUUCAAACACAGAGGACCACAUGGGACCCAUGUCUGCAUGGCUUUCGAAGUAUUGGGGCCGAAUCUUCUGACAUUAAUCAGGCAGUAUCACCAUCGCGGUAUUCCUGUACCUAUUGUGCAGCGAAUAACAAAGCAAGUCCUAAUGGGGCUGGACUACCUUCAUCGUGAAUGCGCGAUUAUACAUACCGACCUCAAACCUGAGAAUGUCCUUAUCUGUAUCAAUGUUGACGAAACCAUGAAAAAACUGGGGGUUGAUGUCAGCAAUACCCCAUCCAGCAUGGACUUGGACUCGCCAACCCCGUCGCCCAGAGAAGGCACGCCAAUGAGCCCUGCGUCCACCCCUACUCUUACUCGGGCACAACGAAAAAAGGCCAAAUACAAGCUCAAGAAACAGCAAGCGAAGAAGCAGACGCAGGGGGGUUUCGAAACUGGCGCGACUGACGAGGCGGGAGAUGUUGUACAGAAAGAAGGCACGGACGCUGAAAGUGUCGCGAUGAAAAGUGACUCGCAGAACACUGCACCACCCUCGUCUAUUGCAAAUGGGAAACUAGCGGAUGCCGUGAACCAGGAGGGCAGUCUCCGCGAACGCUCCACGGACGCGCUUGGUCGAAAUCUUAGCGAUAUCAGUUUAGCGGAAUCAUACGAAGCGAAAGCGGCGGCAAAAGAUCUGAAAGAGCGCGAGGGCGAAGGAGAAUUCAACCACAAAGUUCAAGCGGAAGCGAGAAUGCAGGAAGAAGGGCCAAAAAAGCAUGCGCAGGACGAAGAUUCAGAUGCGGACCGAAAACGACGACGGGAGGAAAGAAGAGAACGACGACGUAAACAGGAUGAGAGAAUAAAGGUCAAGAUUGCGGAUCUAGGCAACGCAUGCUGGGUAGAUCAUCACUUCACCAAUGAUAUUCAAACCCGACAAUACCGGUCGCCAGAGGCUAUACUGGGGGCCAAUUACGACCGGAGUGCUGAUAUAUGGAGUGUCGGUUGUAUGGUUUUUGAGCUAUUGACGGGGGACUAUCUAUUCGAUCCACAAGCUGGUUCGAGAUACACUAAAGAUGAUGACCACGUCGCUCAGAUUAUUGAGCUCCUGGGUGAUUUCCCCAAAUCUCUAGCUUUGAGCGGCAAAGCUACCGCUGCUCAAAUGUUAAAUUCUCCGUGGGUUGCGACGGUGAAUGUGGACGAAGAUGAUGAGCCGCCCCAUGUCCACCGCGGUUUUCCUGUACGUGAAAGUGCAGAACCAGGUUAUACCAGUGCAGAUGAGGAAGAGCAGGGAGACGGGGGCGACGCCAAGUCAGAAGAGGGUGUGGACAGUAUGGACGAGGAGAAUAACGGCGAGCAGGAGAGUGAAGACUAUGAGCCAGAUAGUGACGAGAACGCAGAAGAAAACGACCAGGAGGGUCCUGAGGAUAGAAUGGAGCAAGAUGAUACCGAAAAGGGGGCGUGA